AAGCGCGAUCGGAAAGCUUACUGUGGUCUCUCUAAAAGCUUCUUCUCAUUCUCUCUUUCUAUUUUGGUUCGAUGCUUCUAAAGCCGCAAGCUAAAUUUUAAAAUAAUCGAAAGCAGACUGAAGGCGCGUUUUUAAAAGCCACAAGCUUUUAGCUCCGCUAGAUUACGAUUUUUUUGAAAUACAAACGCUAACCACCGAAAAAUAUCUCCAGUUACCCGUCGUGCUUUCGAUGUAUAGAAAGAGAUUUUCAUAUGUGCAUGUGUGCGGGCAACCAAGUGAUCCAUAUAUAGAAACGCCCCCACAUUCACUAACACUCACGCACAAUUGUCAUAGAUAUAUACUCAGCCACGAGCCACAGAUCGCACACUUUUUCUGUUUGAGCUACAAAGGAAGAGCAAAUUUUACCAAUUCAAGUAACAUCGACUUUUGCUUUUUUUGACCUUUAUAAAUACUUAUUUGUACAAGACCAACGUCAUGCCAGGACGUCCGCUAUGGCAGGUUGCUGGAAAGCGUGAACCGGAACAAGAAACCGAGGCUCAACAAUGGAUUGAACACGUGAUUGGCUACAAAUUCCCGCCGGGGGUGAACUAUGAAGAUGCUUUAAGAGACGGUGUCAUACUAUGUAUGUUAAUGAACAAAUUGCAGCCGGGCAUUAUUCCUAAAAUCAAUACAUCCGGCGGUGACUACAAGAUGAUGGACAACCUUAAUCAAUUUCAGAGAGCUUGUACUAUUUACGGAGUUCCAGAUGUUGAUCUCUUUCAAGCUGUUGACUUAAUUGAACGUAAAAACAUCGCACAAGUCACGAACACAAUUUUCGCUAUCGGUCGCACGACAUACAGACAUCCCGAAUGGCAAGGACCAUGGCUUGGUCCAAGACCUUCCGAGGAACAUAAGAGAUACUUUACGAAUGAGCAGCUACGAGCUGGUGAAGGUAUGAUUGGACUUCAAGCAGGUAGCAACAAAGGUGCUACGCAAUCUGGACAGAGCUUCGGGGCUUCCCGGAAAAUCAUAUUCGGAAAGUGAUUUCUUCCUAAUCACAUGACAUUUAUCAAUAUUUCGUUUAAUUUUAUUAUUUUUACUCUCUCUCUCUCUCUCUCUCUCUAUAU